AUGGCGCACUUGAUAAAGCUUACAUUCUUCUCUCUGUGGCUCAUUACUGCAGCUGUGGGCACAUUCGCCCCCUAUUACGGCAAUCUCACCUUCCAGCCACCCCGGACGCUGUCGAGCUGGUCGAAUCUAACCGUUGAGACCCAGACGGGCACAUUCAUCGGUGCGCUGAACGAUACUUAUCCUAAUGUGCGGCAGUUCUUGCGCGUGCCUUUCGCCAAGCCCCCCGUCGGCGACCUCCGCUGGCUUCCUCCUCAACGUCUCGAAAAGUCAUCGCGACGGUACGACUCGACUAGACAUGGUCCAGCAUGCCCGCAAUACGUCUCAUCCAGUGUAACCAACUACAACCACUACGCGCCUCCAAACCUGCUCGUUAAUCUGGGCGAGACUCUAGACGAAGGUGCAAUUGCAUGGUCCACCUCCGAAGACUGUCUCUCGCUAGCCGUCUGGACGCCCUCAUAUGCGGAUAAAACAUCGAAGCUUCCCGUCGCCUUGUUCGUGACCGGCGGCCAUGGACUCACCGGUGGGAUCGAUAUCCCUUCCCAGGUACCGGAGCAGUGGGUUUCGAGAUCGCAGGAGCACAUCGUUGUGACGAUCAAUUACCGGGUGAACAUCUUUGGGAAUCCGAAGUCUCGCGCCUUGAAGGAGACAUCGCUCUCCUUACUUGAUGUGCGCGCCGCCGUCGAAUGGGUCUCUGAGAACAUCGAGGCAUUCGGCGGCGAUCCCCAAAACAUCAUGCUUUGGGGCCAGUCUCAAGGCGCCGCUCUGACACACAUGUACACCCUCGCCUUCCCGUCAGAUCCUCUCGUCUCCAAAUUCGGUGUCCUGUCGCAGCCACCCUCGGUGACUGUCGACCUAACGACAGCAGCAACCACUGAUCCGUAUGCUGGAUUUGAUAUUGUUGCAAAAGCACUCGGCUGCAACUACGGCGACGAUGCUGAUGCUGAACUCGAAUGUAUGCGACAAGUGAGCUGGGUGCAGAUUGAGGAGUUCAUUAACCGCUAUACUGGCACGCCCGAGCUCGAUUUCUCAAACUAUAUUCCACGCUAUCUUGCCGGCAAAGUGGCUACGGGCCCAGAGAUCCGCUCCAACACGGCGAGCGAGAUGCCCACUACGAACAGAACGUCUACAGCCGAGACACAGAGACAGUGGCUUUGCAAAGGCGUUGAGGAAGCAAUGCUUCGAAAUAAAUAUGGUCUAGAUACCUAUCGGUACCUGUGGGCCGGGAACUUUAGCAAUAUCAGCCCCGAGCCAUGGCUUGGAGCGUUCCAUUGGUCUGAUCUGCUUAUGAUCUUCGGGACGUAUGAGAAGGACGUAGGAGAUGUUCCAAAAUUGGAGGUCGAUACCUCAGCUGCCAUCCAGGAUUUCUUUUUGGCGUUCUUGAAAGAUCCCGGCAGCCUGCAGAGGCGGGGAUGGCCACUGUAUGAGCCUGAUGCCGCCAAUGGCGGCUUCAUUAUGGAGUUUGGCAAGAAGACUGCGGCGAGGAAUAUUACAGGUGCGUAUCUUGAUGCUGGGUGCUAUAACAGUUCUGUGCCUAUGAGACUUUCUGGGUAA